CUUGGAAACGACCCUUAGCAACCGACCUGGUGAACGUCUCCCGGCAGCCGCGGCUGCACACCGCCUCCUCUUUUUUCCAACCUACCACCAGGGGUGGGCCAGGCCUGGGGAAGGACCGAAGGGGACCCGCUGUGUCCCCGAGUUGGCAGCAAGAGGACUGAGCAUGGAUGGCACCCGGAGAGUCAGAGCAAGCCCUGUCCUUCCCAGAUGUAGUCCACCAUGCCUGUUUAAAGGGCACUUGAGCACCAAAAGUAACGCUUUUUGCACUGACUCCUCUUCUCUCAGACUAACCACUCUCCAGCUGAUCAAGAAUCACAUGGCUGUUCACUAUAAUAAAAUCCUUUCAGCCAAAGCUGCUGUAGACUGCUCAAUUCCAGUAAGCAUGAGUGCCAGCAUCAAAUAUGCAGACCAACAACGGAGAGAAAAACUCAAAAAAGAAUUAGAACGAUGCGAAAAAGAGUUUAAAUUAAAUAAAACUUCAAUUCAGGCUAAUUCUAAAAAACGUUUGAAGUCAAUUUUUAACACUCUCCAAAAGCCUGCAGGGGAACCGCAGAACCAGGGCAUGUUGAUAGAAGAAAUGAAUGGAUUCCCAUCCUUCACGAAGGCACUCCUGCCUUCUUCGGAGACACAGCUAAGGCUACGGAAAUCUGACAGAGUCCCCAUGAAUGGCGCUUCACAGAAUGGCAGUUCCUCCCCUUCCAGCGUGGACUGUAUAACCUCUGAUCCCCGAAACCUGGGCCCUGGAGCCGUGCAUGGCAGGAGGCCCAGAAGUGCAUUCCCAAGUUCCCACCGGUUUCAGGUAGUCAUCUCAAAAGCACCCAGUGGGGAUCUUUUAGAAAAACAUGCUGACUUCUUUUCUAACAAGCAAUUGCCAUUCACUCCACGCACUUUAAAAACAGAAGCAAAAUCUUUCCUGUCACAGUAUCGAUAUUAUACCCCUGCCAAAAGAAGAAAGGAUAUUACAGAUCCACAGAUAGAAGGUGAAACCCAGACUGAAUUAAGCAGUUGUCAUUCUGAUUUGGGAACAUCUGAGAUUAAGAAAUUGACAGAUUCAGAGGUCAACACAGAGCAGGCAUCUAAUUAUAUGACAUAUGGGACCAAAGAAAAAUUAACCCCUUUGUCCUUACAAGGACAUGACUUGACAUGGGAUGAAAUCAAAGACAGCGCUCCGCGGCCUUCCUCACAAAGAACAGUAUGUCAGUAUUCUGCACAGCGUCCUUGGGAGAAUAAAAUCUCCAAUGAAGAAGAGCUGUUGUAUUUGAGCUUCAUUGAAGACAUAACAAACGAAAUUUUGAAACUUGGUUUAUUUUCCAGCAGGUUUUUAGACCGACUAUUCGAGCGACAUGUAAAAGAAAAUAAACAUCGUUUGAAAGAGGAAAAAAUGCGCCACCUGCUGCAUGGCCUGAAAAUAGACUUAGGCUGCAUAUCGGAGGAAAACUCAGUAAAGCCAAAGGAUUUCAAGAUGUUGAACUCAUUUGAGUUUGAAAGGGUCAUGAAUUCAGAGCCGAGUGGCCUUAGAAACGAACAGGACAUAGCACUUCAACAGGAGCACCAGCAGUACCAAAAUGCUCUGAAUAUGUUGUUGUGUGCACCAAAGAAUGAAAACGAGAUGCCUUCUUCACACGGUGAAUUUGUCCUGCCUCUCUGUAAAUCCCAGUACUCACCCGGAGUUAUAGUUCAGCAGGUAAACGAGGAAGCAAACCUUGACCCUUCAACGUGGGAUGAAAACACUUCAGGUAUUUCAGACAGCUUGAGAGACCACGAAACUUCUGUGAACGUCAUCGAAGAUGACAGUGACACUGAGAAGGCUGAGACGGCAAGUGAGUGGAGCUGUCAGGGCACUUUACUGUCCCGGUCUGUUCAGUCUUACGGUGAUAAUAAUCAUGACAAGGAAUUACCAAGGCUUAAAAUCAUGGAAAUGAGCAUUUAAGAUGACUGCCCUUGGAUACUCGAUCAUCAUUAAUAAAGAGCCCACCUGGCCAAGUAACUCAAUAUCACUUUUCUCCAUUUUUUAAUUUUCCAUAGUAAAAUUUCUAUACUAAUUUUCUAGGCUGCAUAAUAAAUUGAGAUAAACUUGGCGAUGUAAAA